AUGUCAGUGGUCGGCAUUGAUGUGGGUUUCCUGAACUGCUACAUCGCCGUGGCCAGGAGCGGUGGUAUUGAAACCAUCGCCAACGAAUACAGUGACAGAUGCACGCCAGUGCUAUGCCUGCCUGCUAAGGCUUGUGUGUCUUUUGCCGCCAAAAACCGCAUCAUUGGAAACGCAGCCAAGAGCCAAAUGAUAACAAACUUCAAAAACACAGUUCACGGCUUUAAAAGAUUCCACGGCAGAGCGUUUGACGACCCCUUCGUGCAAGCGGAAAAGAGCAAAGUACCUUACAGUUUGCAUAAACUGCCUGAUGGAACCACUGGAGUUAAGGUGCGGUAUUUGGACGAGGAUAAAGUUUUCACAGUGCAGCAGAUAACAGGAAUGCUGCUCAGCAAGCUGAAAGAAACGUCCGAGGGCGCUCUGAAGAAACCCGUGGUGGACUGCGUGGUGUCUGUCCCCUGCUUUUUUACAGACAGUGAACGGCGAUCUGUGUUGGAUGCAACACAAAUUGCGGGGCUUAACUGUUUAAGGCUAAUAAAUGACACCACCGCAGUUGCAUUAGCCUAUGGGAUCUACAAACAGGACCUCCCCACUCCAGAGGAGAAGCCUCGCAAUGUUGUGUUUGUGGAUAUGGGACAUUCCUCUUAUCAGGUCGCCAUCACGUCUUUCAACAAGGGCAAACUAAAGGUACUGGCCACGGCAUUUGACCCCUACCUGGGCGGCCGUAAUUUUGACGAAGCCUUGGUGAAUUACUUCUGCGAGGAGUUCAAAGUCAAGUACAAGCUGCACGUAAGAGACAACCCGCGGGCAGUGCUGCGUCUGCAUCAAGAAUGCGAGAAGCUCAAGAAGCUGAUGAGCGCCAACUCCUCGGACCUGCCCCUCAACAUCGAGUGCUUCAUGAACGACAUUGACGUUUCCAGCAGGAUGAACAGGGGCCAUUUUGAAGAGAUGUGCACGCAAUUUUUAAUGCGGGUAGAGAUGCCGCUGAAGGACGCCCUGGAACAUUCAAAGCUGAGCCGGGACGACAUCUACUCCGUGGAAAUAGUAGGAGGCGCGACGAGAAUGCCGGCCAUCAAGGACCGGAUCGCUAAAUUCUUCGGCAAAGAUGUCAGCACCACGCUCAAUGCUGACGAAGCUGUCGCCAGAGGCUCCGCCCUUCAGUGCGCAAUCUUGUCUCCAGCCUUUAAAGUUCGUGAGUUCUCCAUCACUGAUGUUGUUCCCUUCCCUAUUACUCUGCGCUGGAAAUCACCAACAGAAGAUGGACUCGGAGAAUGUGAGGUGUUCGGUAAGAAUCAUGCUGCCCCCUUUUCCAAAGUGAUCACCUUCCACAAGAAGGAGCCUUUUGACCUCGAAGCCUUUUACAGCUGCCAUCAAGAGCUUCCACAUCCUGACUGUAGGAUAGGAUGCUUUUCAGUCCAGAAUGUGGUGCCGCAGGCAGACGGAGACAGCUCCAAAGUGAAGGUCAAGGUGCGCUUUAAUGUCCACGGCAUCUUCAGUGUGUCCAGCGCCUCUUUGAUUGAGAAGCAGAAAGGAGAGGGGGAGGACAUGCAGAUGGAUGCCGAGCCAAUUUUGCAAAAUGAAGGCAGAGCGGAGGAGCAGAUCAAAAUGCAGGUCGACCAAGAAGUGCAAAACCAGGGGGACCCGCAAAAUGAAGACGCUUGCACCAAUAGGUGCGUUGGGGAGAAGCAGGAGUCUGCAGCAGUAGCAGGGAGCAAGGCCAAAGUCAAGGUGAAGAGUGCCGACCUACCCAUUGUGGCCAGCAAUAUUCGACAGCUUGACAGCGAGGUGCUUUGCAACUUUGUCAAUUUUGAGCGUCAUAUGAUCGUGCAAGACAAACAGGUGAAAGAGGCUAAUGAUGCGAAGAAUUCUGUGGAAGAAUAUGUCUACGAUCUCCGGAACAAACUUUGUGGCAUCUAUGAAAAGUAUAUCACCGAGGAAGAUAGCAACAGGUUGACGCUGCUUCUGGAGGACACGGAGAACUGGCUGUAUGAAGAAGGGGAGGACCAAUCUAAAAAUGUAUAUGUGGAAAAGCUGGAUGCCCUCAAGAGUCUUGGUCAACCUAUUCAAGAACGACACAAAGAGCACGAGGACCGGCCAAAGGCUUUUGAGGAGCUUGGCAAGAGGCUACAAUUCUACAUGAAGUUUGUGGAUGCCUACAAACAGAAGGAUGAGCGUUAUCUCCAUUUGGCCGCAGAAGAUGUCCACACUGUGGAGAAGUGUUUGAACGAUAGCAUGGUGUGGAUGAACAGCAAGAUAAAUAUUCAGAGUAAACUGGCCGCCACUCAAGAUCCAGCUGUCAAAGUAGCAGAUAUCAUUGCUAAAAUACAGGAAGUGCAGGACGUGUGUGCUGCGGUGAUCAACAAAUCCAAGCCCACAGUAGCGGAGACGCAUGAGGUGAUCGACCAAAAUCCUAACAGCGCUCCUAACAACGGGCCAGCCACCAAGCAAGGCCCAGAUGGGACGGGGGACGCCAAGGGAAGCCAGCACAGCAAACAUACGGCAAAGGAGAUGGAAGUGGACUAA